ACUGCCAUCUUCCAGGUCUCCUCCUCCAGACACCACCGCCCGCGCAGGAGCGACAGCGCUCGCCAGGUCCCCGGGAGCCGAGACGCCGACCGCGGCCGGCUCACCCCGAGGUCUGCAUACUGCACUUUUCAGGAAAAAGAAAGUGAAGGGGAUAAUAAUAUGGAUUUGGACUUCAAGGGUUAUUAUAACCAGACAUUUCCCACAGAGAACCAUACUGCCGCCCCUCGGAAUUCCAAUUUCCCAGUCUGGGAUGACUAUAAAAGCAGUGUAGAUGACUUGCAGUAUUUUCUGAUCGGACUCUAUACGUUCGUAAGUCUUCUUGGUUUCAUGGGGAAUCUCCUCAUUUUAAUGGCUCUCAUGAGAAAGCGUCAUCAGAAGACGACGGUGAACUUCCUCAUAGGGAAUUUGGCCUUCUCCGAUAUCCUGGUCGUGCUCUUCUGCUCCCCGUUCACGCUGACCUCCGUCCUGCUGGACCAGUGGAUGUUCGGCAGAGUCAUGUGUCACAUCAUGCCUUUCCUUCAGUGUGUGUCGGUUCUGGUUUCAACUUUAAUUUUAAUAUCGAUUGCCAUUGUCAGGUAUCAUAUGAUAAAGCACCCUAUAUCCAAUAAUCUAACAGCAAACCACGGCUACUUCCUGAUAGCUACUGUCUGGACACUAGGUUUUGCAAUUUGUUCUCCCCUUCCAGUGUUUCACAGUCUUGUGGAACUUCGGGAGACUUUUGGCCCAGCGUUGCUGAGCAGCAGGUAUUUAUGUGUUGAAUCAUGGCCAUCUGACUCAUAUAGAAUUGCUUUUACCAUCUCUUUAUUGCUAGUGCAGUAUAUUCUGCCCUUAGUUUGUCUCACUAUAAGUCAUACCAGUGUCUGCAGGAGUAUAAGCUGUGGAUUGCCCGACAAAGAAAACAAACUAGAAGAAAAUGAGAUGAUCAACUUAACUCUUCAUCCAUCCAAAAAGAGUGGGCCUCAGGUGAAACUCUCCAACAGCCACAAAUGGAGCUAUUCAUUCAUCAGAAAACACAGAAGAAGAUACAACAGGAAGAAGGCAUGCGUGUUACCUGUUCCAGCAAGACCUCCUCAAGACCAUCAUUCAAGCACACUUCCAGAAAACUUCGGCUCUGUGAAGAGUCAGCUCUUCUCCUCCAGUAAGUCCAUACCAGGGGUCCGCACCUGCUUUGAGAUGAAACCUGAAGAAAACUCUGAUGCUCAUGAAGUGAGAGUAAACCGUUCUAUCAUGAGACUAAAAAAGAGAUCUCGAGGUGUUUUCUACAGACUGACCAUACUGAUACUGGUGUUUGCCGUCAGCUGGAUGCCACUACACCUUUUCCAUGUCGUAACCGAUUUUAAUGAUAACCUUAUUUCAAAUAGGCACUUCAAGUUGGUGUACUGCAUCUGUCAUUUGUUGGGCAUGAUGUCUUGUUGUCUUAACCCAAUUCUGUAUGGGUUCCUUAAUAACGGAAUCAAAGCCGACUUACUGUCUCUUAUACGCUGUCUUCAUAUGUCGUGAUUCUCACUGUUUACCAAGGAAAGAACGAAUGUUGGGAUCAUUCCAAUGUAUAUUCACGAUACCUACGUGUACCUGAUCAACAGAUUUUGUUAACUUAUUAGUUUAAUUUAUGUGUCAGACUUCUGAAUUUGAAUGUCAGUUCAUAGUGUGUGGAAGGUAGUUUUGUUUGUUAUAGUGCAGUGAAUUCGUUUACUUGUAUAAAGUCAGUGUCAGUCCAAUCUGUGAUUUCACUUUAAAAAGUAGUUAUACUACCUUUCAUUUUCCUUUGUCUUGUAAACAAGUGAAGUGUAAUUUUUUGUUUGAAUAAAACUUGUAUCUACAAACUCA